AUGGAGUUACUUUUUUCUGAUGGUUGGACUGAUUUUCAAAGAAGGCCUAUUAGUUUUAUUGCCGUUUGUGAAAGUGGUCCAAUGUUUCUUAAGGUUGUAAACUACCAAGGUGAAUACAAGGACAAAGUGUUCAUAGCUAAUUUGCUAAAAGAAACGAUCAAUGAAGUUGGUGCAGAUAACGUGGUUCAAGUCAUAACUGACAAUGCUCCGGUUUGUAAAAGUGCAGGCUUACUUAUUGAGACACAUUUUCCUCAUAUAUUUUGGACUCCAUGUGUGGUCCAUACAUUAAAUCUUGCUCUGAAGAAUAUAUGUGCUGCAAAGAACACCGAAGCCAAUGCUGAAACAUUUGCUGAAUGUUCUUGGAUAAGUGAUAUUAUUUCGGAUGCCGUGUUCGUAAGAAAGUUCAUUAUGACUCACUCCAUGAGGUUGGCAAUGUUUAAUGAUCAUAAUAAGUUGAAGUUUCUUACCGUAGCUGACACACGCUUUGCUUCGAGUGUGAUAAUGCUCCAAAGAUUUGUUGAUAUAAAAGAAGGUUUACAAAGCAUGGUGAUCAGUCCGAAGUGGACUUCGUACAGAGAUGAUGAUGUUGCAAAAGCUCAAUUUGUGAAGGAGACAAUAUUAAAUGACCAAUGUUGGGACAAAGUAGAUUAUAUCAUUGCAUUCACCGAGUCAAUUUAUGACAUGUUACGACGAACUGAUACUGAUCGUCCAUGCCUUCAUUUGGUGUAUGAUAUGUGGGAGUCUAUGAUAGAAAAGGUAAGAAAGGUUAUAUACCGCAAAGAAGGCCUAACUGAAUUUCAAGAUUCUUCAUUUUAUUAUGUCGUGUAUGAGAUAUUGACAAGUCGAUCGGGUAAAUCCAACACACCUCUAUACUGUUUAGCUCACUCUUUAAAUCCCAGGUAUUAUAGCCAGGAAUGGCUUAGUGAGUCGUCGGGUCGUCUAGCUCCACAUGUAGAUGAUGAUAUGUCAAAGCAAUGGCGUAUAUGCUUUGAGAGAUAUUUUGAAGGGGAAGAACUAAGAAAAGUGAAUACUAAAUUUGCUCUUUUUUAUACUGGAAUGAGAGAAUUUGCGGCUGCUAAUUGCACUGCUGAUAGAUGGUGUAUGGAGCCAUUUAUAUGGUGGGUUACUUAUGGUACACCUACUCCUAUAUUGCAGAGAAAUAAGAUCACACCAAAAAGAGGAGAAUAUCUAGUGUAUGUGCAUUCAAAUCUUCGCCUUCUGUCCCGAAGAGAACCAUAUUAUAUGACAGGUGAGACAAGAAUGUGGGAUGUUGCAGGUGAUACAUUUGAUACUAUGGGAAGCGGUGGAAUACUUGAGAUUGCAAAUCUUUCGCUUGAUGAACCAGAACUAGAGAGUGUGACAUUCAAUGAUCCAGUUGUACCCGUUGAUGAAGAUGUGAACUUAGAUGACAAUUAA